GGUUAUUCACGCUGCGCUCGGCGAAUGUCCUCCCCAAGCAGUUCAAGCCCGACCAGCACGAGUGAAGACUUCCACCUGGAGGAGGAAGAGCUGAGUCGGCCAUAUGGUUCAGACCUAGAGGAGAGGGAUGAGGAGGACGAGGAGUCUGCCAGUGACUCGUCUUUUGAACCGGGAACUCAGGCGUGCCUGUACGUGGCGGCGGCGGUGGCUGUGGUGGCUGCGGUGGCUGUGGCAGUGGCGCCCAUUCUAAUACUGCAAGACAUGAAGGUUGAAGGCACUCGGCUGCUGCAUCAAGCGCAGAAACAGAAGAUGAGAAUGAGCUUGAUGCUGCAAUCGGAGAAAAUCGCCUUCCUCUGGGAACGCUGCAACAGGACCACGUUGCACUGCAAGCCGUGCAAGGAGGGAUGGGUGCAGCACAAGGACCGAUGCUUCCUUUUCGGCGGCAUCGACGCCAGGCUGAGGUGGAGGGCGGCAAAACACGACUGCAUCCGCCAGUGGUCGCACUUGGCCCGGAUUCCCGAUGAGGACACGCACUAUUUCCUGAACAACAUGAGCACAUGGUGGACGGAGAAAAUAAUACGUGAGGGUAUCAAAGACAGACUCAGCAAGACUCCGGCAAUUGAGUUUUGGAUCGGGCUGAACGACUUUGACGUCAACGGCACGUUUGUUUGGCACGAUAAAUCCCACCCCGUCGUGUCCUUCUGGAGUGAGAACGAGCCAAAUCACCAGGAAGGUCAGAACUGCGCGGCAAUCGGGCAACCAAAGGUCGGUGACCUGCUGAACACCUGGGACGACGGGACCUGUCUCAAUAAACGCCAGUACAUUUGCGAGAGUAAAGCUUUGGUGAAAUACUAGAAGCCGGCCGUGGAAACCCCCUCAGUGAAAUUUGUGGAUUUAAAGUCGCGAACGUGCAGAUUCCAUGACAGAAAAAGCAGCUGCCUACAAUGUACGGCUUCCAAUAACACAGUGCUACGCUCCUACCAAGGACCAGGGCAGACGCAUCAUGGAGAGGUACACAAGAAAGGCACGACGCAUCUCACCAAACAGAGAGCAGAGUCAUGUUCACAGAAAGAAAUGUACAAGACGGAAUCGACCGCUCCACCACGGCUUCCAUCGUUCAUCCAAAAUAUUGCUUUGACGUUUCCAUUGCUUGGUCAAGCCACGUCUGAGAGGUUUUGUGAUAAUAAUUGUGAUACAUUUCCGAGCAGCUGAAUGUUUCUCCCAACCGCUCCACGGUACGAGGGUGCUGUUCUACACCUAAGCAUCUUGUACAUCAUUCCUGAUCCAAGUGGUGCGAGGUUUAAAUUCAGCAGCCCAGAAGUCAAAACUCAAGUUUGGAAGUUUGAGACCCGCUCUUGCUUUUGGUAGCUGUUCCCAUGCCACUCAUAUUUGGCAGUUUAUUUUACACACGCAUGUAUACGAGUACUGCAUAUUUUCAUUAUUCUGUCGCCAAUUUAUUUGAACCUUGAGAAAGACUAAAACGAAGAGGCCAGCUCGAGUUCGUGUUGGUGGUCGACACACGUUUCAGUCAGUACGACGCGGAUCACUCCUUCAGUCACGAACACACCCGGCGUAAACGUUCAUUAAAAACAAUGUAUAUACACGUCGUUCAGCGAGGCCGCUCCGGUGAGCGCACAAUUGAACUGUACCCUCGCGACUGUCCCGGCCGAAACUAGCACGAUUCUCCACUGGACCAAGUCUGGACGAUGAACAGACUGUACUUGAAAAGGACAACAAAGUGAAACCGUUUCCUUUUUUCCUCGCUUCAUAGACAGCUUGCGCGCACAACACACAUAAAAAUAGUCUUUUUCUCUCAAGUGAUGCUAAUGGUUAGAUGCCAACAGGACGUGAACUGAGUUUCAAUGCAAAUGUAAUAUCGAAUACAUGUCAUGUAAAAGACAUUUAUAUGUCACGACUGCCACAUUUCCAGUGAAGUCAAUGAAAGAUCAGAGUCAAGUACAAACAAGCACAGGGGUUUUAAAAUAUUUAUUUAAAAAAAUGAGAAAAACUCAGAUUAAAAAACAAGGAAUAGGUCCAUGUGGCAGUCCACCCUUCAGUGCCGGGUCAGCAAGCGAUUGCACUGCAAGUCAUAUAGUGGUUUGGGGUUUAAGGAGGUGUGCGAUGGAAAGACGGGACGUUUCAAUGAAUCCCUUGGGGAGGAUAUUCAAGCUAUUGCUGCGUUAAAACGGGCAGCACGUUUCUAACAAGCACGGGCCGCGCGGCACAUCUGGCAGUGCUUCCUCCAGGAACACGCAAAAGCGUCAGGAAAGUUUGGUCAUUUAAA